GCGGAGUUUUCGCCUUGUCCGAGCGAAGAUCCAAGAAGGAUAAGCGCACAAUGGAGACCGAGAGCAAGGAGGAGCAGCACGACGCUGUUCAGGAAAUCAUGGAACGCUACGGUUGGAUGUCAUUGACGGUAAGCCCGAAGACCGCAGGUGGGUGGCAUGCUCAAUUGACUGACGGCUUUGUGCAGGACCUCACCCAGGUGGCAUCUUCAGAGCUCACCAAUCUGCUGCAGGAGCUGGGCAAAGAGGGCCACACUGUCAAGCGCACUCAAUCGAAGGUCAAUGGCACCAGAACUACAGAGGCAGACAGGCAGACAGGCAGGCAGGCAGACAUGCUUCGGCCACCUCACUUCAUUUAUGCAUUCUGUUGCUUGCUUUUGCUGGAGGUCGCUGAGUUGUUUAGGCGGCUGGUGCACGAGGUGACGCGCCGACUGCAGAACCCGCCGCUCACCACACAACCCAGGUGAGAAGGGAGAGAGAACGGCCCGACAAAGGUGCAUGCUCCCACGUACCUGUGCAGUGCGCCGCGUGGCCGCGGGGCGCCGCCUGGGCCCCCUCCUGGCAUCAACCAACACAAGGAGCCCUCAAUAGUCAUGUUGUACAAGUGAGCAGCGACAGAGAACAAAAAACCACCAUACAUGCUGUCCUUCAUCUGUGUGUGGUGUCGCUGCCUCUGCGUGUACCCAGGUGUCGCGACGUCAACCUGUUCGUAGAAGACCUGCAAAGCAAGAUUUCGCUCAUGCAAACUCUCGCGCGCCAGGAGCAGCGGGUACGCUGCCAGCCUCCCACAAGCAUGCACACAACCACACAACACACACACAACACACACACACACACACACACACACACAACACACACACGCCCCAAUGCGUGUGUGUGUGUGUGUGUCUGUCUGUGUGGCAGGCUCCCAUGGUGCUGUUGGUGAGUCGUCUGGACCAGGACGACUUCGAGACCCUGCUCAAGGAGCUGAUCAACCGUCGCGUGGACGCCAUAGAGGACAGCAAGAUACUACUUGGCCUAUGCACCACCACUGACAAGGUAAGCGGCGCCGCACACAAGACGCAGCAACCACGCUCAUCCAUCUGUUGUGUGGCUCCUUGUGUUCAGGAAGAGGUCGCACAGCUCAUCAACAGUACUGAGUUCCUCAAGCGCUGCUCCAACGAGGAGAAGGUGGCGUUCGACAAAAUACUCGAUGCGUUCAGAGAAGUACUGCCAUUCUGGUGAGUAAGUGACUGAGUCAGUCAGUCAGUCAGUGGGACACACUGGAGCAUACCCACGGACACCUGCUGGCUGCCUGGCUGCCUUUUAGGUUCUCGAAGGAUGUGCACGCAGCUGUGAUCAACAUUGGCUACGACAACGUCCCCCCAGGGCUCUUCGCCGGCCUCCGUGAGUCCCUGCUCGAGUGGGAGAUCAAUGACGUCUUCACCGUAUGGUCAUGGGUGCGGGAGGUGGCCGAGUUCAUGGCUGCCGAGCGCCGCGCCGCCCCCUUCAUGGCAAUGGCAGCAGCCAAGGUGAGCAAGCACGUCAACAGCCACGUACGCAGACGCACAUAUGCAUAUGUGUGUUGGCACAGGACCAGGCGGCUGUUCGUCACCUGUACGAGUUUUACGAUUCGGUGCAGAGGUCGCUGGACGUGCUAGACAGCUACUUGAUGCCGUGGAUGCUGCAGAAGCACAACCUCAUGGACAAGGACGGCAUCAUACGGGUGAGCAGGGCAACCACACACACCACACCAACCGUUGGCUCAUCGCUGCCUUCUGUUGUGUGCUGUAGCCGGGCGUCGAGGGCAUCCUGUGUGUCUUGGCGUCCAUGUGCGACAAGCAUGGGGUUGGGCCCGACUUCGUCGCAGACCUCACCCCCACAACAGACGACAUCGGAAGCCAGAAGCGACCCUUCACGGCAUUGGAGGCCAGUAUGAUCAUCGGAGCUGGCCUCAGAGGUCAGCACACUGUCUGGUGUGGGUGGGGGUGUGGGUGGGUGGAUGGACGCCUCCUUGUGGGUGUGCAUGUGUGUGUUUGUAGCCGUCAGCGACAUGUUGCUGCUCGAGAAGACCCCCUUCUACAACACCAAGGACACCAAGGACUUCGGUACGCGGCAGAAGCCGCAUGAGAGUGCGGUGCACCUCAUACACCGCUAUCCCAACCAAGCCUUCGACCUGCUCGAGUUGACUGAGGUACAUACGUGAAGAGAAAAGGGAAGAUGGAUCAAUGGACCCACGCAGCAGAUCCCUGUCUGUCUGUGGGUGGAUGUGUGGAUGCAGAUGAGUGACGAGAACGUCGCGUUGCUUCAGGACCUCAUGUGGCGAGUGGGGGAGCGACACCACCGCCAUCACUCCAAGCUUCCCGAGCCCCACACCACCACCUGGGGCAACGGUCUCAGCGCCGUCUGGGCUGCGAUAGAGGGUCCAAUGCCGCUCACCGAACACAUCAAAGAGAAGCUCGAUGAAGCGAAACAGGUAGAUGGACACCGGGUCGAUGGACACCCCUUCCGUCUAUCUGUUUGUCUCAUCACACUGCCACAUAGGAGGAGGAGGAGCAGCAGCAGCAGAGUAGUGGUAGUGGCGGUGGCAGCAGUGCGGACGGUGGUGGUGUGGACGGUGUGGAGGACGACAAGAAGCACGCCGAGAGCGACACUGCAGGUGGCAAUGGUGGUGACGGUGGUGGUGGUGGUGGGGAUAGCGAGAUGGGCAAGGGCGAUAUGGUGGUCGGCACGAAGCAGGUAAGUUUGAGGGAAAGAAGGCCAACUGACAUGUUGUGUCGGAUGGAGGAUAUGUGUGUGUGUCUUCAUCCAUAGGUUUGUGUCUGGGACAAGCCGUUCGUCAACAUGCUGCGCCAGCGGCUGCCCGCCUUCACCGCCAUAUGCCGCGUCAUCGACGAGACUCGCAAGACUCCCAAGGAUAACAACAAGAUCCAGAGGCCCAGCGUCAGCAUCCCGUAUGACUUCAAGAGGCUAUACAACCUCAUCAAGUGUACGUUUGCAUCUAUUCACCCACACCGCUGGAAACGUCUUGCUAAGUCUGUCUGUCUGUCUGUGUGUUUGUGUGUUUGUGUGUUUGUGCUCUGCGUAUGCCUUCCUCUGUUAGCAUCCAUUGACGAGAUCGCUGUUGUCGACCCGCAGCUGCACUAAAGCAUCGACAAGCUGCU